AUGGCUUCUAGCCAGAAUGUCGCUAACCUGGAUGUCGCUCACCCGGACGUCGCUCAGCCAGAAGUCGCUCAUCUAGGCGUCGCUCAGCAGGAUGUAGCGCACGAGGACAUCUCUCACCAGGACGUCGCUAAGCAUGUCGCUCACCAGAGUGUUGCUCGCCAGGAUGCCUCUGCCUUUAAUCGGGCUCCUUUUAACCAGGCUGCGUGGCUUAUCGCCAAAUCAGGCCGUCCCCUCAAGAUCGGCAUCGCGCCAUUCACACCUCCGUCUGCCCAUCAAAUCGUUGUCAAGAAUGGUGCUGUGGCUGUCAAUACCGUUGAAUGGACCAAGAAGUUGAUGGGCAACAUGAUGUCCCCCUGGGUCAAGUACCCGUUUGUACCCGGAAAUGAUUGCGCUGGUGAAGUUGUGCAGGUCGGUGACAUGGUCAGUCGCAUCAAGGUUGGUGAUCGGGUUCUUGCCCACGCCCUCUCCAUGGAUCCAGCUGUCAACAAAUCUUCUGAAGGUGCUUUUCAAAUCUACACUGUGAUCCGUGACAAUAUGGUCACAGUGAUUCCCGAUUGGCUCUCUUAUGAAGAGGCUUGUGUCAUUCCCCUCGGUCUGUCAACUGCCGCGACCGCUUUGUUUCACCGAGGCUUCCUAUCUCUCAAUCUCCCUGGUACUCCCCCGGGCACAGGCCCAGAAUGGCUUCCCGAAGUGGUCCUGGUCUGGGGUGGAUCGACCAGCGUCGGUUGCAGCGCCAUCCAGCUCGCCGCCGCGGCUGGUUACGAGGUUAUCGCCACUUGCUCUCCCAAAAACUUUGAAUAUGUCAGUAAUCUUGGCGCAUGUGCGGUCUUUGAUUAUCGUGACAAGGCCACCAUCCAGCAAAUCGUUGAGCUUCUCGGGAACAAGAAAGUUGUCGGCGCCAUCGCUGUUGGGGACGACUCAACUGAUGCUUGCAUUGAAGUCCUCGCGAAGACAAACGGCUCGAAGUUCGUGGCCCGGGCCUGCUUCCCGCCCCCGAAAAGAAUUAUAAGCACAACCUUCCAGCUAUUCCGUGCCGUGGCAGCCUCGGUUCGGUCGAACAUCAAGACCUUCAUCAAGGCGAAACGCAGUGGUGUGAAAACCAAGUUCAUCUCCGGUACCUCUGCGGCUCAUAACGAGGUUGGUGCUAUGGUUUAUGACCACUUCCUCCCUGGAGCUCUUGCCACUGGGGUUUUUGUUGCUGCUCCCAAGCCGCGCAUUGUGGGGAAGGGGUUGAGCCAAAUCCAGCUUGCUAUGGAUUGCCACAUGAGGGGUGAGGCAGCUCAGAAGGCCGUUGUCUCGCUUUGA